AUGGAUUCCGCCAUGAGUCCCUUUAGUGACCUGGAUGUGUUUGCAGACUGGUCCGGUGAUCCCUUAGAUCACGUCGAAGUCAAGAUGACGGUCGAGAUCCAUUGCAAACCCUUCCUUGACAAGCCUAUUCUAAAUACCCGUUUGCCCAAAGAAUUCGUCGUGGACUACUCCCUACGCCUCGCCGAGCCCCGCGCCGAGCUGAAAGAAACCCUAGCCCAGCUCCAUUCCCGCGACUACGAGAGGAUCAAAACCCCAUUCACGCCCGAAAGUCGAAGUGCAAAUCUGUACCCAGGAGACAGUGCGAUUCAUCUUGAAUACAGAUCUAAUUCCUCGGAGCAUGCCACCGUUCUGCUCGACAGCCCAAACGGCGACUUUGAAGGCGUCACCAUCGUGAACAAUGUCCACUCACCUUCCCAGGAAAACCACCCACUUGGAAAUCUCGGCCACUCCCGAAAGAGAAGUGCGAAGACUGCUUCUCUGCCUGACUCGAUUUCUGACUCUGACCGACCUAUCGGUGGGUUCAAGCACAAGGGUAGUAUGUCUGUCCAUGUAUCUGGCACUUCGUCGAACGAGUCUGUCAGAGUGUAUCGACCGAGUUUUAUCCCGCGCCCUGUUAGUAGAUUCUCGAAUCCACAUCAUCAUCAGGCUAGUGCUCCUGGGAGAAUUGCUAUUUCGAUGGCCUCGUCGGGAUCUGAGUCUGGGUCAGGAUAUUUGCUGGGAGAGAAACUUGCAGCGAUGAAGAGGUCCGCGAAUAAGAAUCGCAUUGUGGACAAAUCGAAGAUCUAUGGAGAUGAUGAUGGGGUUAUGCAGUCGAAUCCUCCAGCUCCCAUCACCAACAAGUCGAGUCUUGCUGUGAAUGCAUUCACGGAUUUCUGCGAGGGCAAGGAUGGUAAGCUUCACUCGGAUACAAUUUCUUCUGAGAUAUCUUGUGGAACACCGUGCGAUAUUCAUAACAUCUUGGACUCCUAUGGGGUAGUUGAUGAUUACCCAAUUGGUCCUGUCGAAUCGAUGUAUCCUGUCCAGACCCCACGCUCGCCUCUCUCGUCGUAUGGAUCGUUUUUCUCCUCGACUCCUCAACUUCUCCACGAGAAUGGCAUCUUCCGCAUCUUCUGCCCUCGCGAAGUGCAACCCGCCGUCUACAAGGCGACUAUUUCAUUUGUACUGCCCUUGGAGAAGGGGACAUCCAGGGGAUGGUUCAACUUUGUUCUUCCGGGAUUGCCUCGACUGCAGAAUGAUUGCACCGGUUAUCUGUAUUUCUGGACUCCUCCCGGCCAAGGAAUCGAGUUUCGUACCACCCAUUUGAAGCGACACACCCUCGGUGAAAGUUGUAUGAUGGGCCAGUUUCCCAUAUUCGAGAAGCUAGUCAUUCCAGUGCGACCUUGUGAUGGACGUUUCUAUGGAUUCCUCAAGGACUUCAAAGUGACGCAGACUAUUCGUGCUGAUUUGCUCGUCGACAAUGAUCCCCAAACGUGGGUUAUCAAAUAUCAUGCCGUCUGCACCAUUGAUCUUAUCCAGCGUGGAUUUUGGGCUGAGAAGUGCGGUUUGACUCUUUAUGUGUAUGGUGGACCUGACGCUGAAUUCUCUGCUCAUCUCCAUGAACCCCGAGACGGAUUCCAGACCAUCGAUCUCGACUUUUCUCCUGAUACUGACAUGGGCAUUUCAGAAAUUCAAAUUAUCUGCACUCCUUCCAACCUGGCCCUUUUUGCCAUUACCUGGAAAACCCGAAUGCCACGGAACGAUCCUAUCUGGAUGCCUCGGAUUCGAAGCUGUAUGGAUACCGAGGGUACGAUUGAAGAUCUGGAAUUUCGGUACAUGGAGGCCGAGAAUGAUAGCUCUCAUGAAGUUGUGAAUGUCUCGCCUGCUCCUGCUCCUGGGGUCUUUACUACCCGCAACCCACCCAAGUCCAAGCCUGAUGAUAAGAAGAGAUCUUGGAGUAUGACCCAAUUCAUCAUUUUGUUUUGUAUUGUUGCUGUUGUGAGUCGGAUCAUUUACCGUCUCUACGAUUCUGGCUUUUUUGAUAUGAUUUUCACUGCCGGUGAAGAUGAUCCUUUCGCCGCAACAGAGCCGAUAGAUGACAGUCUGAUCGGGUCUAUGUUUGUCAACAUGACUGAUACGGCUCCUCAAACCCCUUUUGUGAAUAUCACCGUCCCACUGCGAGACCGAAUCGAUUACCUCCUCGGUUGGCGAGGUCCUUACUAA